CUAUCUGGAAGCCGGGUAGGUUGCACGACAACAACAAACGCAAAGGCUUGUAGGUCCAUGUCCUUGGCCACGCAACUAUAUGCAGUUAGUAACACAACUUAUCAAUUAUUCGGUACACUUAGGCUCAAUCCAUAGCUCUAACAAACCGCCCUGGAACCAUGACGAACCGGACAAUGACCAACCAAACAGCAACAUCUCUAGCAAGCACGUCAGGGCGUAGACAGCGCCCUGAAGACCAAACUGUGUUUGGCUACGAGUCCCCGCCAGACACACCAGCAUUGCACAGAGAUGUCCUUAAGUGGGUGCAGGGCUUGGACCUAUCGCAGUCGCUCAAAAACUGCAGGAGGGACGUCGCAAACGGGUUCUUAGUUGCAGAAAUUUUUUCCCGUUACUUUCCGUCCGACAUACAAAUGCACAGCUUCGCCAACGCCACCUCCUCGCACUACAAGCGCGACAACUGGACGCAGCUGCAGGUCUUCUGCUCCAAGCAGGGCAUCAACCUGCCCGGUGACCUGGUGGAGGGCGCACUGCAGGGCGUGCAUGGGGCGGCGGUUGCGCUGCUAGAACACCUGUAUGAAAACUUCACCGGCAAAAAGGUUCCCCGCCUCAAGGUCCCAGACGCGGCGGCCGCAGCGGCGGCUGCAGCAGCAGCGCGGGGCGGUGCGGGCGGCCCCGGGGUGGCGGACGGAGCGCGACUCAUCUCCUCGCAGGUCAAGGCGAGUCAGAACCUGGAGUUCGGUCAGGUCACCACGCAGCAGCUGGCGGGGGACGCACUGGCGCUGCGGAAGAGGCUGGCGGCGGCGUCCACCGGCACCUCCUAGACACCUGGAGUCGGAAGUGCAGGAGGAGGAGGAGGGGGUUGAGGAGCAGGAGGAGGGGUUACGAGGGAUGAUGGAGAGGCGCAUGGUGGUGGCGGGGCUGUUAGCUGGUGGGGCUUUACAGGCCGGCCUGGGCAUGAGGGUGGGGUGGGGUGCGGUGGGGUGCGUGCGGUCUCGUCCACCAGGCAAUGGGGCCGUUGUAAACACGGCAUGCAGAGUUAGUAGGAUGUGUGUGGGUAGGAUUUAGUGAUAUAUAGGUAGGAUGUAGGACUUGCUGUGGAGGGGUGGAGACCGGCCAAGGUAGGGUUUGAGAGGCACCCGGCUUGUCAGGCGCUGUGCCAUGCCGCGCAUGGAAGGGCCGCUGAGCUCUGUGGCUAUGGUGGCUUGUUAGGUGUAGGUCUAGAUAGGUUGCCGAACAGGACGUUCUCUGUGAUCACUUUGAAUACAGCACCCCCGAUUGGCCUUACGUGAGGAGCUGGCUGUACGGCACAUGUACGAUAUACCGGUACCGUACCACAUACGCCACGAUGUGGCCAUAGUUACGGUGCGGGAGGCUGUGUGGCGGGGUUCAGGGAGUUUGUUGCAGUCGAGUCUUCCUGGCCAAGUCUGCAAUUCCUUGUGCACUUUGACGGCGCUGGGCGUUAGUUUAUGGAUAAUUGGGACCUACGUAACAGCGUUUACGGGUUUUACGUGACGCUCCGUUUAUACACUUGUACAUUUACACCCAACCACUCUUCGUCUCUUCCCUCCCCGGGAGGCAAUUCCUGGUAUACCGUAAUGCCCGUGCAAAGUGCACGUCAAGAGUUAAACGGUUGGGUACUGCUGUAACGUGCACGGCACUUG